AUCAUUCUAAUACAGAAAAAAAACACCAAAUAAUCACUUGGGAAUUACAUCAAUUAGAAGUCAAAAGAGAAAAUGACAAGCAAGAUAUUGUCAUUUGGUGCUUCACCUGCAUCAUUAUAUCCUGUUUCAAGUAACGUUUCUAGCAAAUCACCUGGAUUACGCCCAUGCUUUGUGGCUGUUCCAAUACCAAAAAAACCUUGUUUAAGAUCAUCUACAGUGGUAAAAGCUAUAAGUGGUGGAUGGAUGGGUAAGGAUAGCAAAGAUUAUCGUGUUAAAGUGAAGUAUCCCAAGGAGUCUAACGAUAACCAGUCAAUGUUGAGUAGAAGGCUUUCUCUUGACAUCUCUUCUUUUGGACGAUUAAGUGAGUCGGUUCAGCCCCAGAUUCGGGCGCUACGAGAUGUGCAAGAAAGCGACGAAAAGAUCGAAAUGUGGUUCGACUUGCCAGGAUUCUCAAAGGAAGACGUAAAUAUAUCAGUCCAAAAUGACAUGCUCAUCAUCAAGACCAGCAAGGAAGGAGAUAAUAAUGCCGCAACGACAGAUACAAGGAUACAAUUACCAAGUGAAAAAUGCGAUAUGGAUAAGAUUGAGGCUAUGCUUAAAGAUGGAGUUCUUUACAUCUCUAUUCUUCAAAAGGACGACAAUUCAAUCGACUUGAACAUUGAGGGAAGCUAAGGACAUGAAGAUCGAUCUAAGUGUUCUAUUUAUAUUGGGGUUGUUCCUUUGUGGGCUAAUAAUAAGUUCAUUGCAUUUGCAGAACUAUGUAUUAUCAAUAAUUUAUGUAAUUAAGUAGUCAUUUGAUUCGUAUUUGAAUCAAAAAUAAAAAUUGAUGAUUAAAGUUGGUUAAAUCUAUAUAUUUAUAACAAAUAACAAAUUCUUGUGUUUUUUUAUCAAGAAUAAAAUUUACUAUGAGAAUUAUGUAAUAACAAAUAUACAAGGUGUAUGAGUUAUUGUGCUCUUCUUUUUUU